AACAAACCGAUUCUUCAUGUCAGAACAAACUCUUCUCUGUCAACUUCAACGCUUCCUUUAGCUAGCCUAGUUUAGCUUAGCUUAGCUUAGCUCGUUAGCUGCUAACAAAGGAGACGCGGAUGCUAUCAAGACUUUGCGUGUAAAGAAAGUGUCGUGAUCGUGUCGACAUGUGUGAAGGAGCCAUGUGCGAGUACGAGGACCAACUUUCUCCCACAAAAGAGGAGAAAAAGCAACUUCCGGACGCAGUUUUCAAGCCUCUUUUUCAUUUCAACACAGCAGACGUCAGCGAGGAACAUCUUCCUCCUGAGCAGCAGGAGUGGAGCUCCCGGGUGAAGGAGGAGUGUCCGCAGCCCCCCCACAUUAAAGAGGAAGAGGAGGAGUACAGCAUCAGCCUGGAGGGAGGGCAUCCUGACGAGGACCAAGUGAUUCGUGUCAUUGUGAAGAGUGAAGAUGAAGAAGAGGAGGGUGAAAGUGAGGUGGAGAGACCAAGCAGCAGCUCAACACAACACAUGACAACAGAAGGUGAUGGAGACCACUUUGGAGGAUCACAAGCAGCCUUAGCUCCACUGUCAGAUAGUGAGCACACAUCUGCUGACACUGAUGAUGAUGAUGAUGAUGAAGACUGUAAAGCGGAUACGACACGUCGCACCGACAACACACGCUGGAAAUGCUCGGAGUGUAACAAAAGUUUUUAUGACGGCAGCACCCUGAAAAGACACAUGACCUGCCACACCGACAACAUGCACUGGAAAUGCUCCGAGUGCGAGAAAACCUUCAAGCAAAAGAGCAACCUCAAAAGACACAUGAGAUAUCACACGGGGGAGAAACCAUUCAUUUGCCCGGAGUGCGACGAGCGAUUCUACGAGAAGGCCCAUUUGAUCGCGCACACCAGGCGACACAAGGGAGAGAAAGCCUUCCCCUGCCCGGUUUGUGGCAAGCGGUUCUACGAGAAAGCCCGCAUGAUGGUGCACACCAGGACUCACACCGGAGAAAAACCAUACUCCUGUUCAAUUUGCGGUAAACAUUUCUCCGUGAAAGGCAGCUUGUUAAUUCACACCAAAAUACACACCGGAGAAAAGCCUUUUAGCUGCUCCGUGUGCGAUAAAAGCUUCAUUCGGAACGCUGGUCUGGUGGCGCACAUGAGGAGACACACGGGGGAGAAAGUGUUCAGUUGCCGUGUGUGUGAUGGAAGAUUCUCCUACAAAUACCAGCUGGACAAUCACAAGUGUGCUGGUGACAACGGCAGCUGUCAAUCAAGCUUGUUGGGCUGAGCAGUGUUUGCUUCCUGCUUCUCAGACUCUUCCUUUGGUUGUUUUUCAAAUAAAAGCUUCCUUCACUGACUGAAUUCUCUUUGGAAUUCAUUCUACUUCCAAUGAAAAUGCCAACUUAUUACCUAAAAUUAACUUCAGACUUCACUCACUAGAAUUGAAUCAUCAAGAGAAUAAACCUCAACAAUCAACAUCUUGUCAUUUUUUAAGUGCAUA